UGUCUCUGCUGCUCUGUUUAAAUGCCAGAGUCCCACUGUCAAAACAGAGAGAGGGGCGCAACAAUAUGAUGGACCUUUUUGAGACCAACCCUUAUCUUUUCAAUGAUUUGCGCUAUUUGGAAGAAGGGGAACAUGGACCACUACAGCACUUGGACAUGGCGGGGGUGUCUCCCCUGUACAACGGCAAUGACAGCUCGCUGUCCCCGGGCCAGGAUAAUGUUCCGUCCGAGACCGGGGGGGAGAGCAGCGGGGAGGAGCACGUCCUUGCGCCUCCGGGUCUCCGGGCGCACUGCGACGGCCAGUGCCUCAUGUGGGCCUGCAAGAUCUGCAAGAGAAAGUCAGCGCCCACAGACAGACGCAAGGCCGCCACGCUCAGGGAGAGGAGGAGGCUCAAGAAGAUCAACGAGGCCUUCGACGCGCUGAAGAGGAAGACCGUGGCCAACCCCAACCAGAGGCUACCCAAGGUGGAGAUUUUACGCAGCGCUAUCAGCUACAUUGAGAGGUUACAGGACCUACUGCAGACGCUGGAUGAACAGGAGAAAACGCAAAAGGGAUCAUCCCACAACUUUAACGUUAAAGAACACAGUGUGGCCAGUCAUGACUACCACUGGAAAAAGUCCUCAGAGACCUGGCCGACCUCUGCUGACCAUUCCACCGCAGCAAUGAUAAAUCACAGAGAAGAAACCAGUGAGUCUUCUGCGUCCUCCAGCCUCCUGCGUCUGUCAUCCAUCGUGAACAGCAUCACCAACGAUGACAAAAUCAACUUCAACGAGGAUGUCUCAGAAAACUGAAACAUUAGUGAAAACCUUGACUAGACAACAAUUUUAAAAUUUAAAAUUUCCAAUGUUUAUCUCUAAAUUAUUUCCACUAUAUUCAGCCAUUCUGGCUUCUGUUUGUCAUAUAGUCUUUCAUUUGUACAGCAGGAGCAACAAAUUUGUACAUAUUUUAUAAUAAUGUGAUGUUUAGAUUUAUUUAUUUUAUAUCCAGAAGAUGAACUCUAAGAAAGCUGUUAUUGUAUUUAAAUAUUUAUACAUAACUGACCAAGAAAAUAAAUUGCUGCUUUUGCAA